AAAGAGAAGAAGUUAGGGUUUUGGGAGAGAGGAAGAGCAGAGAUGACAAAUUGCAGUUUGAGAUCGAAUCCAAGGCAAGAAACUUCGAAGCAAUACUUCUCUCGGUGCUGGGAAAGGAGUUUGGGUGGUGGAUUCACUCAUUUCGGCAAGAAAAUUCGAGAACGGACAAAGUUUCUUGAAGUUCCUGGACGAGAAUCAGAGUUUAGUCGGACUUCAGGAGAGAGAAAACGUCGGCCGGCGUAUGGAGGAGAGAGGUGGAACUAUGAUCGACACAUGGCGAACUGCGGCUGGAGAGGCGUGCCCCAUAGGCUAGGCGACACGCAUCAGGGCACGGAUUCAGGUCAACCCGAGUCCGAUCUGGCGCUCCGCAUGCGAACAGAACCGCAGCAGACCGCUCCGCUCCGACUCGUCCGAACCGACCCAUCUCGAACCGUGACUAUACAGAAUGGAGCACGUGGGUACGUGCGCGUAGUACACCCCCUAGAGUGCGUCAGUCACGCGAUCUAUCAAGGAAAUUCCAUAAUUUUUGGAUCCUUUUCCAGCAAAUAA